AUGCUGCAACUCUCUCUCCUUCUCUGCGGUGCCCUGCGCAUUUCGCACCGCACACUGAGAAGCACCUCAGUCGUACCUGUCGCCGCAGCGGAGGUUGCACCCAUUAACUCAAGAGUAGGCGAGGCAUGGGAGGCCAGUGUCGAGCGCACCGAGGCCCUUGAGAAGCUCAGCAACGAGGUUUUUGGCCGAGGAAACAGACAUUUGAAAAAUGUGGAAACGCUAACGUCUCUCCCGGAAGGCCUGCACUCCUUCCCAGAAGUGUGCUUCAUUGGGAAGCCAGGGUGCGGCAAGUCGAGCCUUAUCUCAUGUCUCCUGCAUAACCGGCGGCUGGGCAAAUCCGGGGCGACUCCCGGCACUACGCGACUUCUGCAGUUUUUCAACGUGGGUGAUGCGCUUCUUUUGGUAGAUACGCCAGGCUACGGUGGCUGGCGAGGUCGUGAGGUGGGACAGCGACUAGCGGAGCAGGCUAAUGCGUUUUCAAUCCUAUUCCGCUACUUGGCUUUGCGCAACGGAAGUAACCUCAAGCGGGUAUACUGGCUCGUGGAGUCCUCGGCGCGAACACCAGUGUCUUUUCAGCCACGUGAUGAAGAGCUGCUCACUUUUCUCUCCCGGGAGCGUAUUCCUUUUAGUGUCGUGCUCACCAAGAUCGACCGCCAUUGGCGCCACUAUGCUGAGCAGCAGCGGAUGGCUGAUCGAGUAGGAAAGGAUGGCUUAUUGCAUCCAAGGUACAGGCGACCAGAAAAACACGAUCAGGGCUUCUUUUCGCCCACGAGCCUGCCUCAAGAUGGCGUGGCACGCAAUGUGCAAGAGGUAUAUGAGUUCCUAGGCACGGAUCAAGUACCGAUUCUCGGUGUAAGUGCCAACCGACUACAGCCAGGCCGUUCGCAUAACCUGGAGCUUCUGCAGCACGACAUCGUGCACUACUGCACGCAAGACCUGCUCUGCUCAGAGAAGCUCUCCUUUCGCAACAUGCACAAGCUGAGCUACGCACCACCGACGGCUGAUCGUAUUCAUGAGGUUCAGCUGCGAUACCCAGUAGAGUCAUUCGUUGUUCCCGAGAAUAACAACAUGUCCUUGGCGCGCAUGGUGGAGCACCACGAGGAGAUGAAGGCACGAUUACUUACAAGCAAAGUAUCUGCACGCCGUUUCUCCUGCAAAGAUGUGGUGGCAUGCCAUCUAGUGAGCGUCGACAGGCUAAAAGCAACCUCCCAAGAUGAUGCUGCACAGCGAGAGCGCAUGGAGAGAGUGCCUCCAACCACGACAUCUCUAUUCGAAUCUACUUCCACUACCGUCGCCGCAACGUCUCUGCCGCUGCUAGACGACGUUGCAGGCACCUUGCGCGUCAGCGAAGAGCAGGACACCGUUUCCACGCCGGUAAGCCGUCUAGGAGACCCUCCUGAGCGAUGGAAGAAAUGUAGUGGCCACGAUGCUGAGGCGAGUGUGGCCGACCUGUGGGCUGGCCAGAGGUUCCGGGCGCGGCCUGUCCUCGCAGGCGAGAGGCGGGCGAGCUUCGACUUGCUGGAGGAUGUCCUGGAAAGUGCGGGGGAUGAGGAGAGGCCGAGACAGAACGUUGCAGGUAGCAUUGUGGACAACGCUGAGAAGAUCGAAACCGCGGCGCCUCACGCGUAUAGUCUGGUAUCGGGCGAGAGUCCGGAGUCGUCACCGCACCGUGCUGACACUGUCCUCCUCCAGGAGCGGGCUCUCACCGCACUCCAGCUGCCCGCGAUGCUCGACCCAAAUGCUCACUACGUCACCGCCAUUGAUGGAACGCCGAUCCCGCGUAGCAUGAUUUCCGUGUCCGUGGAGCAGCUGGCUGUGAGCAAGGAGGACGAGCUCGCCUACUUUGCCACGAAGUCUGGCGCCGGUGCGUACGAGGAGCUACUCCUGGUAGACCAAGAGAAGGGCAAUGCGUGGGCAGAUCUCUUUGUGGAAGCGAGUGAUGUAGCCCGUCUUCCUGAGGAGGUGCAGACAAAGUUGACGGAGACACGUGGGCGUCGUACUUGCUCUGCAGUGCGCAAGCAGGAAGAACGAUUCUUUGCAAAGUAUGUGGAGCGGAAGCGAAAGGAGAGAUCGAUCUACAUGCAAGCGGAGGGGUACAUGUGCCCGUGGCUAGGGAGGUCUGAGGGCCGGAACGUGGUGCGAGGUUUUGUUGGUUCAUGCGGUACCGGAAGAGGUGGGGUUGUCAUGCGUGGUCUCAAGCAGACAGGGUUCGGUGGUAAGAGCUACUCUGCGCGGACCAUGAAGAACAGAGGCCGGGCCACGAAAAAGACCGGGUUUUGGGCUGCGUAA